AUGUCCAUCAGUCGGAAAAACUGGUCCGCUUUGUCCAGCCUGGCGCGCCAGUGGACGAUGGAGGAUGAGGAGGAGGUGGAGAGGGAGAGGAGGAGGAGGGUGAGGAGCAGCAGUACAGCCGACCCAGACGAUGACUCCUACUCUGCAGCCAGAAAAUCAUCCAGCGAUGAUGCAGCCUCUGGGACUGAGUCCUCCAGUGAAAUGUCCCAGGGCCUCAGCAGUGUUGAGCAGAUGCAGCUGGACUUUGUGGAGAUGCUGCGAGUGCGUGACGAAAAGAGGAGAAUGAGACACGUGGAGACGUUGAGACGACAGAAAGAAGAAGAGGAGGAUGGUGCGAAGGCAGGGAGCGGAGAAGAAGGAGACGCCAGAGUGGUGCUGCUGGGGGAGUUGGAUGAGAAGAAGGGGAGUGUGUUCAAACCACAGCCACCCUUGAAAGCAUCCUCUGGCAGUCCCAGCAACAGCAACACCAGGACGAACACCACAAACACACAGGACCAAAAUGAAGAUGACAAGACACCAUCUUUCCAGGGAACCUCUGGUCAACGAACUUCAUCAUCAUCUAAAUCCAUCAAGAAGAUGGAGCGACUAACUCAGACAGCACAGCAAGCAAGAGACGAGUCGUCCAGGAGAGACCCAGAGCCUGAUCCCAAACCAGACCUGAGACAUGUGGACAUCAGUAGUAAGAGGAGCCUGUUUGAGAACAGAGGGGAGGAAAACGUCUCAAAAAUCAGCCCUGGAAAAAUCUACAAGUGAUGAGGAGGCAAAGACUCGGAAUAUUAUUGGAUGCCAUGACUGACCUUUCUUUUCUUCAAGAAUUCUUCUUUACUGCACAAA